AUUAAAUACUCAAACAACAAUGGCUCUGCCGGCGAUUAAAUCUCUUUCUUUCUGGCUUCUGUUCAUCAUCUUGGCAAAUUCUAAUAACGCCUUCGUUUCAGCAAGAGAGAUGCCAAACCCACACGAUUUUCCGGCCGCCGGCGGCAGGCUGGAAUCCGGCGGCUCUUCGCCCGGGUGCUGGGAUGCUCUGUGGGAGAUCAAGUCGUGCAUGAACGAGAUCGAGGCUUACUUCAUCAACGGGACGAUAGACAUCGGCCCGCCGUGCUGCCAAGCCAUCACCACCAUCACCCGCCACUGCUGGCCCGCCGUGCUCGCCGGCGUCGGCGUCACACCGGAAGAAUCCGACAUUCUCAGAGGUUACUGCGACGCCGAAUCCGCUGCUGCUGAUGUUGUCGUUUCAUUCCAGCCUCUUCCUAGUCCAGCUGUCGUUUUGAAUUAGUUAUAUAUGUCUGCGGUGACACGUCGUCGUCAUAUAGUUGUGAAGAACAAGAGAAACGUCGAUCGGCUUAUUAUAGAGUUUUAUGAAUGAAAUAAAUUCGUUUCUCAUUA